CCCCCUAAAACGCACCUCCGCAGCGCGCCGCUCGCAGUGCGCAGCAGAGGGACCGGAGGAGGACGGGUGGAGACGGCACGGCUCUGCUGUGCGCUGUGUCUGGCUCCCUGGCUGCUCUUUCCAUAUCACAAUGAGCUUUUCCGGAUCAAACCAGGCGCUCAACUCGGUCCGAAGGGCCAACUCGAGGAGCAACCUCGCCGGCGGGAUGACCUACCAUUACGCGCGGAGCGAUGUGGCGCACGGAGGCGGUAAUGGAGUCGAACCCAUGGUGGAAGGAUUUAAUAGAUCGGCGACGUUUUCGAGGGCAACGAUGUCGAAGGGUAGCAGGAUGAUGAGCAACACCAUGGGGAGCGCCACGAUGGGUGGAAUGAGUGGCUACAUGAGCACCCAGUCAAAAGCCAUGCAGCUGCAGGCUCGCUGCAACGAAUACCUGCAGAAUGCCGAAGACGCCAUUCAGGCUGGCUCUGGUGAUGCAGAGGACUACAUGAUAAUGGCAAAAGAUGCUAUUGAGAGGUUAAAAGUCUUUGCAAUGGAGUUGAAUCAAAUGGGACAACCCAGUGACAAUGUAGUCAGGAGCGUGGAGUACUACCAAGACCAGCUGAGAGGGGUCCAUAGGUCCAUAUCUGGCACCUCUCUGAGGAGGAGGAGCACCAGAAAGAGCUCUGGAGGCUGGGAAGAGGCUGGAAGGAGCUUCCAUGAUGCUAUUGCUUGGAUCCAUCAGCAAAAGCGUUUGAUUGAAACAACUGCUUUGGCCGACGACCCUCCAUCCAUUGAACAGCAGCUCAUUAACCACCAGAGGUUUCAUGCGUCCCUGCAGGGGGCGCCUGAGAUGAUCCGAGCCCGCGAAGACCUGAAAAAGAGUCGAGACAAAGCCAGCCAGCAUGCCCUGGAGCAGGAGUGGGAGAAUUUACAGAAAAUGUCAAAUUUGUGGACUGAGCAGCUGCAAGAGCUGAUCCAAAUACUUCACCAGAUAACCAAUGAGAUCAUUUGGGUGAACGGUAAAGAGGAAGAGGAACUGAUGUUUGAUUGGGGGGACAAAAAUAUAGAACAGUACAUCCCCAAGAAACAGGAGAGCUACUCGAAACUGAUGAGUGCCUUGGAGGUGAAAGAGAAGGACCUGCAUAAACUUAAGGCGAAAGUGAAAACGCUACUGAAAGACAACCACCCAGGAUCUGACAAGAUUGAGGCUUACAUGGACACUUUGCAAACUCAGUGGAGCUGGCUUCUUCAAAUAACAAAAUGCAUUGAUACACAUCUGAAGGAGAAUGCAGCAUACAGCCAGUUCUUCAGAGAGGCUAAUGACACAUACAAGAAUUUGCAAAAGGAACAUGAGACAAUCCGAAAGGAGUACAUUUGUGACAAGAACACCCCGCUGGAAGACCUUCAGAAGCUCCUGAAAGGCCUGGAGAGGGAGAAGGAAAACAUUUUGGACAACAAGCGGCAGGUGAAACACUUGACUGUCAAGUCAAAAAGUAUUGUGAGGUUGAAACCCCGAAACCCAGAGGAGAGGAACAGCCCUGGCAUCAUCGUGAAGGCUCUGACUGACUUCAGAGAAGACCAGAAAGCUAUCCUUAAAGACAAUGAGGCCAUCCUGAAAGACAACAGUCAGCGCAGUAAAUGGCUGGUAACCGGUCCAGGAGGGAUUGACAUGUUGAUUCCCUCUGUGUGCCUGAUUGUACCACCUCCUAAUCCACUGAGCAUCAGCGUUGCCAAAAAGAACGAGCAGUAUUUUGAUUCCAUCAUGUCCAUCUGGAAUCAGCUGUUCAUCAACAUUAAGAGUCUCAUCUCCUGGCACUACUGUCUCAGAGAAAUCAAUUACGUCAACUCCCUCACCAUCUCUAUGUUGUCCGAGAUGCGUCCUGAGGAGUACCGUCAAAUCAUGAAGAAGCUGGAGGCCUUCUAUGAGGAGUUCAAAAUCAGCAGCCAUGGCUCAGAGGUUUUUGUUGAUGAAGACAAGAAGAGCAUUGAGAACCAGUUUACUGUGGCCCAGGCCCACUAUGACAAGCUAGUGGUAAAGCUGCCCACAUAUACUGGACAUCAAGAACAAAUCGAAGUACAGCAAAUAACCGAACAACAAGUUCAGCCACAGCUGAUAUUUAUACAACAACAACCCCAACAACAUCAACUAGUACUACUUCAACAACAGGAACAGCAGCGACAGCAACAAGUACUUCUACUACAACAGCAGCAAGAAAAACAACAGCAACUUCUUCUACUACAACAGCAGCAGCAAGAAAAACAGCAACAACUACUACUACAACAGCAGCAGCAAGAAAAACAGCAACAACUACUACUACAACAACGGGAGCAAGAAAAACAGCAACAACUACUACUACAACAGCAGCAGCAAGAAAAACAGCAACAACUACUACUACAACAACAGCAACAAGCUGCAGCAGAGGAGGAGGCCAGAAGGCAGGAAGAAGAAAGACGUCAAGCAGAGCUUAAAAGGCAGGAGCAUGUGAUCAAGAAAGAUGUGGUGAAAGUAACAAAAACGGAGCAAAGAAGAAAAGUUUCCUCCUCCUCCUCCUUCUCCUCGGCAUCUCGUCUUUUGUCUGAGCUGCAUGGCCUCAGACUGAGGAUGGACACUACUGAGGGAUCACUCAGUCAGUAUGUUCAUAUUUGCUUUGGAGAAGAUGGGGCUAAAGACUGUAGUCUGAAGAUCAUUCAGCUAGAGUCAAUACAGGACGAUGUAUCCUCAAUGCGUGGAGAGUAUACACAUUUAAGAGAGCGUAUCUUGAAGGAGAUGGAAACCACUAAUGAUUUAGAUAAAGCACAGUUCCUCCGCAAUGAGAUCGCAGUGAUGAGCCAGAAACUGGGAAAUCUGGAGAACAGCUCAUCUGCUUAUGUAUUAAGGUUGCGGGCUCUAAGGGACAUGCUGGAGAGCGUAGCGCGAGCCGAAGACAUUGUCAAAGUUCAUGAAGCAAGACUGACAGAAAAAGAGACCACAUCUCUGUCUCCUGCUGAAGUUGAUGAAUACAUUGAGGCCCUGAAGAAUAUGAAAGCAGAGCUGAUGCAGAAACAAGAUGUUCUGACAUCUAUGGAGUCAGAGCUGUCUAAGGCGAGCCACUGGAACAGUCAGAUGGGCGGCUCCUUCCACAGGUGUGACCUGAUGUUGUCAAAGUUCACAGAGCAGGUGGGCUUGCUCUCCGACCGCUGGAGACGAAUCCAGAAACAGAUUGACACCAGGCUGCAGGAUUUGCAGCUGUAUCUGCCUCAAUUGCAGCAAUACAAGCAAGUCUACACUUCUUUCACUGAAUGGAUAGAGGCCACGCGUAGAAAACAGGACGCACUGCAGGCAACCAAGAUAGAGAACGUUCAAGCAGUAAAAGACCACAUUACCAACCAAAAGGUCCUGAACACAGAAAUUAAGGCAAAGCGUGAGACACUAGACAGUGUACUGAAAAACAUACAUACAUGUGUGAAUACUAUCAAGGACUAUGAAACAGACCUCGCCUCUUACACCUCUGGGUUGGAAACAUUGCUCAAUGUCCCCAUCAAGAGGACAAUGCUUCAGUCACCAUCAAUGGAUCUUAAUAAAGAGGCAAUACAUCUUCAAACUCAUUACACAGAGCUGCUUAUUCUGUCAGGUGACUACUACAAAUUCCUGGGACAGUUGGAAAAAAGCAUGGAGGAGCUUAAGAUGCGAAACACCCAGAUAAAUAUGCUUGGAGAUCAACUUCACUCUCUGAGAGAAGAAAUGGAAGCAAGCAAUGCUAAAAACAAAUCACUGGAAGAGGAUGUUGCUCAAUUCAAGCUCCAGCUGUCUCAAUCGCAAGAGCAGUUGCUGUCAGUGGAAGCGAUAAAGCAAAAAACUGUGAUGCAGUGCAGUGCCACCAAGGACAGCUUAGAUUCCACUCAGGGUGAGCUGGCUCAGCUCAAAAGUGAGGUCCAACGCCUCGAGUACAAACUUGAUGAUGAGAGAAGGAAGGCAAAGCUGGCUGAGGAGGGCUACGACAGGCAGAAGAACGACUGGGAGACUGUACUGAACCAGAGGCAGAAAGAGCUGGACAUGGUCUGCAGGUCCAAGAAGGAUGUGGAAGACAGAUUAGCAAAUAAGGAGUAUGAGAUUGAGCAGCUGCGCCAGAAGCUGGCUAAUGAAUCAACAAGGUUGAUGGAUCUUCAAAAAGAGAUGUCAAAGGUAAGGAGCAAUUUCAGUAUGGAGAUCAACAGCUUAAAGCUCAGCUAUGAAUCCCAGAUCCAAAUUAGUCGCACAGACAUCCAGAGGCUUUCUGCCCAGAGGGAUGAGAAUACAACUGAACUGCAGAUGCAAUAUGAAAGAAUGGAGACAGAGAGAAGAAAUCUGGAAGAUGAACUCAGGAGGCUUAGAACUUUUAUCAGUCAGACUGAAGAGCAGAAGAAGAAGGUAGAGGAGGAAUUGUGUAAUCAGCGUGCUAUACUGAUACAGGACGGGCAACAGAGGAGAGAGUUAGAAAGUCAAGUGGAGUUGCUAAUCAGGCAGAGAGAUGAAGAAAGGAAUCAAUAUAGAGAGGAGUUGGCUGAAAUCCUAAAGACCCUAGAGGAGAAGAGUGGCCAACUGGUUUAUGUUACUCACAGUUUAGAGGAGGAGACUCGAAGGAGGAAGACAUCAGAGGAGGGACAUGUGGUUCUUGAGCAGUCUUUAGCUCAGCUACAAAUGGAGUUGAACAGAUUUUCAGAGGCUGCAACACAACUGAGGGAGUGCGAGGAGCAGCUUCUUCAGACACGCUUCCAACUGGAAAGAGAGAAAAAGGAGCGAUGCAGGAUGGACCAAAAUAUGAGCAGGUUGCAGGGACGCAUCAAAGACCUGCAGGGUGUGAGAGAUAGCCUUGAAGGUCAGGUGGAGAAUCUGAGGAAAACACAUCAAGAAGAGUUAGGCAAGAGAAGGCAGGUAGAAGCAGAAUUAGAAAAGAUGACUUUGACUAUGACUGAGUACACAAACACCAUCACUGUAUUGCGCCAGAGCCAAGAACAGGCCAGCAUAUCUGAAACUAGAGGUGAAAAGGAGUGCAUUCAGCUAAAAGAAAAACUUGAGAAAACCUUGAGCCUAAAUCAGAGCUUCUUAGACCAAAAUACUCAGCUAUGUGCUGAGGUGAAGACCAUAAAGCAGCAACUUCUGGAGGAACAGUCUCGAGCAAAGGAGGCAAGCCUGCAAAACGAGAGUCUUUACAAAACUAUUGAGGAGAAGUGUAAGGCUCUCAGUGAGAACUCGGCUGAGCUAAAAAGACUUAAAGAGUUGAUAGAAACACAGACCAAAGAAGAGCUGAGGAUGAAAGAGGAGCUGAGGGCAGUACGGCAGGAUAAAGAAGAACUCUUGAAAUCCAAAAAGGGGAUUGAUGAUGAACUCUCUUCACAAAUUACUGCACUGGAACUACAGCUGCAAGCCAGUGAAUGCAGCAAUGCCGAACACCGCAACCUGGUGUCAGAACUGUCCUCUGAACGUGAGAAACUGAAGCUGGAGGCUGAGAAAAUUCAAAAGCAGGUCGCAGAGACACAGACAUCAUUACAGUCCCUUCAGUCCAAGUACAGUGAGAUUGUAAGUGAAAAAGAUUCUUUGUCGCUGAAAUUGCAACGGUUUGAAUUUGACAAAGAGCAAAUGCUAAGACUACAGGAAGAAGUGAACCACAUGAAACAUUCCCACGAGUUAGAGCUUCGUAACAAGCAACAUCUACAAGACGACAUUGAGAGGGGGAAGAGAGAGCUGAUUUUUUGGAAGGAUCAAUGUGAUAGCAAACAAAGUUUGAUAAGGCAGUAUGACACUGACAAAGAUAUUCUCGAGAGAGAUAAGAAAUCCUUAAAAAGUGAGAUAGAGAGGUUGAUGAAAGAACACAGGGAACUUGAAGAGAAAAAUAAGAGUAGACUAUCAGUCAUCCAAAAACAACUGCAAGAUGGAACAAUUGCUAGACAGACCAUGGAGACUGAGCUAAGGCAAGCUAGAGAGCCUCCAAUCCCAGAUGCCUCCUCUGUGGUUUUUGAUGGAGUCCGCAAGCCAGUCACUGCAAAGCAAUUACUUGACUCUGGAGUUUUAGACAAACCAACAUAUGACCAGCUUCUGAAGGGACAUAAAACAGUUCCAGAAGUGUCUGCUGAGAAAAAAGUCCCUCUUAAGGGCACAGGGCCAAUAGCUGGGGUGAUAAUUGAAAGUCCAAAAGGCCCAGGGUCUAGCAAUAAGCCACUUUGCAAACUGACAUUUACUGAAGCCAAAAGAGAAAAUCUUCUUCCACCAGAUAGCAUCGACUUACUUCUCGAUGCACAAGCUGCUACAGGGCACAUCAUUGACCCAAGAACCAAUCAAAAGUUAACAGUGAAAGAAGCAUAUCAUCAAGGAGUUAUUGAUGAUGAGGACAAAGAGAGAUUACUUGCAGCAGAAGCGGCAGCUGUUGGAUACGCUGGGCCUGGCAAAAACAAACCACUGUCAGUGUUUCAGGCAAUGAAACAGGGAGUAAUUGACAAAAAUACAGCAUUGCGUCUGUUACAAGCCCAAGAGUCUGUUGGGGGGAUUUUGGAUCCUAUACUUAGUGUGUUCCUCCCCAGAGACAUUGCCACUGAGCGUAACCUCAUUGAUGAAAGCAUGUGUAAUGCUCUGAAUCAGAGGCCAGAGCUCUAUCUAGAUCCAGAAACUGAAGAAGGUGUGACCUAUAUGGCAAUGAAAAGGAGAUGUAAAAUAGAGCCACAUACUGGUCUUUGUCUUCUCCCUAUUCCUGAGAAAGUGGAUCCUUCUAACCUUGUGUUUGAUGGCGUUCGGAAACCUGUUACUGCCAAGCAUCUGUUUGAUUGUCAUGUUCUUGACAAGCCAACAUUUAAAGCGCUUGAAAAUGGAAAGAAAACAGUACCUGAGGUUUCUGAAGACAAAACUGUUAAUUUAAAGGGCACUGGGCCAAUAGCAGGUGUUAUAGUGAGCGGUCAGCAUAAAAUGUCUCUAACUGAAGCAAAAAAACAAAUGCUAUUGUCCGAUGAAUGCGCAGAUUUGCUCCUAGAAGCACAGGCUGCUACUGGUCACAUCAUUGACCCAAAGGCCAACAAAAAGUUGACUGUUGAAGAGGCUUAUUCAAAGGGAGUAGUGGACAUUAAUGACCUAGACAGAUUAUUGGCAUCAGAAGCUGCAGCAAUUGGUUAUAAGGAUCCUACUAAACCCAAACCUAUUUCAGUUUUUCAGGCAAUGAAAAAGGGACUUAUAGAUGAAAAGACUGGAAUACGAUUUCUGCAGGCUCAAGAGUCAGUUGGAGGAAUCCUAGAUCCUAAUUUUAGUGUAUUCCUACCAAGAGACACAGCUAUUAAACACAAUCUUUUAGAUAAAAAUCUUUGCCAAGUGCUAAACCAGAAGCCUGAAUAUUAUGUUGACCCUGAAACAGAGCAAAAGGUCACCUAUCAAGUACUGAAAAAUAGUUGCAAGAUAGAACCACAUACAGGUUUGUUACUUUUGCCUAUCCUUGAAAAGUUAGAUCCUUCAAAACUGAUCUUUGAUGGUGUAAGAAAGCCUGUAACAGCAAAGCAGUUAUAUGAUUGUGGCGUGCUGGACAAACCAACAUUGAAUGAACUAAUGAAGGGAGACAAAACUGUUCCAGAGGUAUCGGUGGAUAAGAAGAUAACCCUAAAAGGAACAGGAUCCAUUGCUGGUGUCACAAUUGGGUCUUUAGGAAAAAUGAAUGUUUCAGAGGCAAAGAAACAGUUGCUUAUGUCCCCAGAGAGUGCAGAUUUGCUUCUGGAAGCCCAGGCUGCGACAGGUCACAUCAUUGACCCAAUGACCAAUCAGAAAUUGACAGUAGAAGAGGCUUGUUCAAGGGGAGUGGUGGACAGAUGUGAUCAAGACAAACUCUUAGUAGCAGAAGCUGCUGCUGUUGGAUUCACGGAUCCUCACACUGGAAAAUCUCUGUCAGUGUUUGAGGCAAUGAAGAAGGCAUUAAUUGACAAAAAGACAGGAGUGCGUUUGUUGCAGGCUCAGGAAUCCGCCGGGGGUAUUCUUGAUCCAAAUCUCAGUGUUUUCCUGCCAAAAGACACGGCCAUGAAGCGCAAUCUUUUGGAUGAAGACCUCUAUCAGGCACUGAAUAAGUCUCCCAAGUACUAUCUAGACCCUGAUACUCAACAACCAACAACAUAUGCAUCACUGAAGACAAAAUGCAAAUCUGAUCCCAGCACUGGACUUUUGCUUCUUCCUAAACCUACACAAUUAACUAUAAGGGGACUUCGACGCGAAGUGUCUGUCACAGACCUGGUUGAUGCAAAGUUGCUAAGCAAAUCAGAUGUGGACCAGCUGAACGCAGGUAAGCUUACAACCAAAGCUAUUGAGGAUCAACUUAGGUCAUACUUGGGAGGUUCUACUUGUAUAGCAGGAGUUUAUGAUGAAGCCAGUAAUAAAGUACUAUCAAUCUAUCAAGCUAUGAAGAAUGGACUUCUGCGACCUGGCACUACUCUAGAACUACUUGAAGCCCAAGCUGCAUCAGGUUUUAUGAUUGAUCCUGUCAAUAAUCUCUUUCUGACUGUUGCUGAAGCCUACAAUAGAAAGCUUUUUGGACCAGAGUUUAAGGAAAAACUGCUUUCAGCAGAAAAGGCUGUUACCGGUUACAAAAUGCCUGUAACAGGUGAGAUAGUCUCCCUCUUUCAGGCCAUAGAGAAUGGUCUAGUGGAGAAGGGUCAUGGCAUUCGUCUUCUGGAGGCCCAGAUUGCCAGUGGAGGCAUCAUUGAUCCCAAACACAGCCAUCGUAUUGAUGUGAAUGUUGCAUAUCAAAGAGGCUAUUUUAAUGAAGAAAUGAAUAAGAUCUUGACUGAUGAAAGUGAUGACACUAAAGGUUUCUUUGAUCCCAACACUGAGAAAAACCUGACGUAUCUGGAACUUAAAAAACAUUGUAUCUCAGAUAAGAACACUGGGCUUAUUUUGUUGCCAAUCAAAGACAAGAAGAAACAGGAAUCAAGCAAAAAGAACACUGUAAGAAAGAGGAGAGUGAUAAUUGUGGAUCCAGAGACUGAUAAAGAGAUGACAGUACGUGAAGCAUACAACAAAGGGUAUAUUGACUAUGACACCUACCUGGAGCUGUCAGAACAAGAAUGUGAGUGGGAAGAGAUCACUAUCACUGCUCCAGAUGGUUCCAUCCGGUUUGCUAUCAAUGACAGGUCAACUGGAAAAAAAUAUGACGUCACUGACCUGCUCGAAAAGCGAGUCAUUGAUCAGUCUGUCGUGGAGCAGUAUCGUUCACAAGCUAUCACCAUCACUGAAUUUGCAGACAUCAUCAGUAAUCAGGCUACACACAAAUCAGCUUCAUCAUCAUCAGUAUCAUCAUCAAACGUAAUCCCAGAACCAUCAGGAAGAUCAUCAGUUACAUCGUCAUCAUUGUCGUCGAUGCUAUCCACUUCAGGAACUUCAGCUUCUUUAAGCUCAUCUUCAGUAACAUCAUCAAACUCAAAAACAUCAGUAGUCCCUGUUCCAUCAAUUACAUCAUCUUCCUCAUCCUUUUCUUCAUCAACUGUUGUAUCAAGACCGUUAUCUCCUACAUUCACCAAAACAACUACAACAAAAACUACCACAAUCAUAGAGAAAAGCUCAUCAUCCACCAUUGUUGCUGAAAAAUGUUCAGACUCCAUGAAGCAGGGAUCCCAUAUAUCGAUCACUCUGUCCUCUCCUCUUGAACCAGUUGGCGAGGUGGAGCCUGUAGGAGCCGUUUUUGACACAGAGGCAGUAGAGAAAGUUUCUAUCACAGAGGCUUUAAAUCGGGGUCUAGUAGAUUCUAUCACAGCCCAGAGAUUGCUUGAGGCCCAAGCUUGCACUGGAGGAAUUGUGAAUCCCACAGAUGGCAAGCGGGUCAGCAUACAAGAGGCUUCCCAAAUAGGUUUAAUAGCUAAUGACAUGGUGACUAAACUAAAACCUGCCCAGAAAGCCUAUUUUGGUUUUGAGGAUAUAAAAACCAAAAGGAAGUUGUCUGCUGCUCUGGCCAUAAAGGAAAUGUGGCUACCAUAUGAGGCGGGGCAGAGAUUUCUGGAGUUCCAGGUUGCAACAGGGGGGCUUUAUGACCCCGAAAAGGGCUGUAGAAGAAGCAUUGAGGAUGCUUUGAAAAUGGGUUGGCUGGAUUCAAGAACGGCACAAAAGCUCCUGGAUGUCAAAAACCACACAAAAAAUUUGACAUGUCCCAAAAGCAAACUUAGAAUUUCUUACAAAGAAGUACUUGAUAACUGCCUAGUUGAAGAGGGUACUGGGGUGAAAAUGCUUCAGGCCUCAUCUGUAUCUUCUAGAGGUAUCAGCAGUCCAUACAACAUUGCUUCAGCCCCGGGAUCCAAGACAGGAUCCAGAAGUGGUUCACAAAGGGGCUCCCGCAGAAGCAGUUUGGAUCUGGGUUCAUCAUUAACACAAUAUAAUUUUACUAGCUUUACCAGCUUUUCCUCUACCAGAUAAAUCCAUAAAAUGCAAAGAUCUUUACAUUCAUCCACUUUUCUUGCAAAUUAAAUCAUCGUUUUUACAAUAUUGUCAGUAUGUGGGAAUUUACUAAAUAUUUUCUUUCUGUCCAGUAGAAAUGUUUUUAGUUCUUUAUUUUGCAUUUGGAUUUAAUUUGCCUUUGGCAUUUCAAGUAAAAGAUAUGAAGAACACUUAAAGAACAGAUUUGUGACAAUCAACAAAAGUAUUAUUAACCACCAUAAGGUAUUUUGAGAGGAAAUAAAUGUGUUAUGGCGACUAUUGGUAUCCUCAAAAUAAUUCUUAAAAUUAUUGCCAUAUUUGUUUUUGCAUGGUCUGUUCCAAAAAUAUAAUUUUCCAAAGUUUCAUGUUAUAUGGAUAGCCUUUCAUUUUGAAUAAUUCCUAUAAUCAGCUUUUGUUUCAUGAAUUAUCAAAAUAUGAUCUAUGUUUGUUUUAUGGGGUAUAUGUUUGUUGACAUUAUUGGUUUAAUGGUUUUGUUUUUUGCUUUUUUUUUAAGGAUUCUGUUUCCUGAUUAGCACUAUAUGCGCUGUUUAAUUUGUUACCAUCAUUUAUUAAAGAAGAGUUUGUACUCUUGUGGAUUUAAAACCAUUUUUGUGCAUGAUUCUUCUUAAACAAUAACUCAACACAUUAAAGACAUGUGUAUUCUCUUA